AUGCUUCCUCACUGCGAUGGCAAUCGCGCUAUUUUGGCACGCUUUCAGGAGGAAGGCCUAGAUGUGGUCGAGUUCUACGACAGCGAUGUUUCCGAUGGUGAGCUGGAUGAUGCCAUUGGCGACUUGCAAGCCGUGAACGAGCUUGCGAGCCGCCCUCAUCAGGAGAGAGCGCGCCGGUCCCUGCCCUUCCAUGUCAUUUUCGUGGUGGAUGCAAGCUCCAGCAUGGCGACGAAGGAUGUGGAUGGCAAGGCCCGCUUAGCAGCCGUGUUUGAUGCUUGCCGCAGCUUCAUGAUGCAGCAGCAGGCGGAAGACUCAGCAGAGGAAGGUGACUGCUACAGCAUGGUAUCCUUCGAUACUUCUGCGCAAAUUUGGUUCAAACGGCAACCCGCGGAGGGGGCCAAAGCAAACAUCCAGGACGUGGAGGACUGUUUGCUUCCGGUGGUUCACUCCACCCGCUUUCAAGCCGCAUUCAAAAAGGUCGCGGAGUUGCUUGGCACGGGCAAAAAGGUUGCAGAAGAUGUGCGGGUUGUUUUCCUCUCAGACGGUGCCCCCCACGAGGGAGCACAGCUGGGGAGCGUGGGCAGGGAUGGCAGCAGUGCGGAUGCCUCAGCUGACGGUUUGGUCACCAGCUUGGAGGAGGUGCUGUUGGGCGGCGAGGAGGUUUGUGGCAUCAAACAAUUGGUGAUCUACACAGUGGCCUUUGGACAAGACGCUGCUUCCUUUGAGAAGUUCUUGAAGCCUUUGUCAUCCCGCACAGGCGGUGAGCACUACAUCAGCAGCCUCAGCAACUUGGACCUGCAGCGAGCCUUCGGGACCAUCGCAUCCUCCAUCACGACCACGCGAACCUCUGUCACCUCCGCCGCUCCUCCAGUACAUAGGUGUCCUUUCCAGCAAGUCUUCGAUUCAAGUGUCCAGGGCACCUGCGAGAGGACAUGCACCAUCCAGAAGGUCCAGACACGGGGCAAGAGCAAAAAUGCGCCGAUGGGUGCAGAUCUUGUCUCCAAGUGCCCUUUUGCUGGAGUCUUUGUACAUCGCUUACCCUUUGCCUGGGGAGGAAUGCGGCUGGUUUACAACAUGGAGGACACCUAUAACGUCGACAAGCGCAAACAACCCAUCAAGAUGGUGGCCAAGCGGCUCAUUCGGAAGGAGCACGCAACAUUGAAGGAAAUGCUGCCUUUCUGCUACAGCACUGAGAAGGCCAUCAUGUUCCGGGCUUCCUUUCUGAAAGCUUUGCGGAAGGUUGGCUUGGAUGCGCUUAUCUUUUUCGUGCCUUGCUACCUCUACAGCUACGGCCAGUCGGAGAAGAGCUACUUCGUGGCGGAGCAACUCCUGGAGGGCCGCUUCGAGAAGUUUAACAGCAACAACGGCUAUGUGAACGGCGACCACGAGGCCAGCGAGGUGCUGCAGGCCUUCAGCCACUACACCUUUGUCGAGAGCCGGGGCAAGCUGCUGGUGGUUGACCUGCAGGGCGCGGUGGACAACGGCUGGCUCAUGCUGACGGACCCCCAGGUGCUCUCCAGGGCAAAGUCCAAGGACCGCAUCUUUGGCCCCGGGGACCUGGGCUUCGAGGGUAUGAAGGCCUUUUUCGAGACCCACGAGUGCGGUGAAACCUGCCAUGCCUUGAACCUCCUGGAAAGGCAGCGGAAGUUUCAGCGUGACAUGGAGCUGAAGAGGGCGCAGUGCGUGAUUUGCCUCAGUGCCAGCCGCAACACCUGCUUCCAGCCCUGUGGGCAUUCCCUGGCCUGUCAAGACUGUGCGCUGCAAAUGCUGGAGCGAAGCUGGGGCAAAAAGCUGGAGGGGGUACUGAUUUCAAGGGUAGAUUCUUGCUGA